UGCUGCUGGAGGACGGGGAGAACAACGCACCGUUGCCGACCUGAGCUGGACUCGGCUCUAGCGAUACUUCAGGGAGUGUGACAGCCCUGCAGGCAGCCGCCUCAGAAGAUGGAAGAGAAAAGAACACUGUGGGACUAUUUGGAAGUGGAGGACCUUGCCCAUUCCAGGGAGGACAGGAUUGAAGGUAAUCUGAAGACCUUUUGGACACAGCUGGGGGAUAGAAGAGUGGACAUCAUAUUUGAACAGGUGCAAAAUGUGCUGCUGUUGCUGAAGCAAAAGAUCAAGAAUGGAACUGCCACACACCAAGAGUGCUGGCAGGCCUGGACACUGGUGAAUGAAGCUAAUCUGGGUGAUCUCUUCAAUGUCAGUGAUGUGUUUGAUGAAGAUGGCAUAGAGGCACAGCAUCUCACAGGGGACAACACUGCACACUCUGCUGAAGGUUCUCAUAGCAGAAAGGAGGAGAUGGCAAAAGCAGAUCCCGGGAGCGAAGAAGAGCCUGGUAAACCGCAGGAUUCCCCUUCGAACCUGUCGUACCGGAACCAUCAGUGCUCCAGAGCCUGUCUGGCCAGCAGGGCAGCAGGCUCCUUCAAGGGGGAGAACCCCCUGCAGAUCCCCAUGCUGUGUGCCUUUCAGAGGCGCCACGCCAAGGCAGACUGCCUCUCCAAACCCCUGGACGUCACCUACAAAGCCCCCUGCGGCCGCAGCCUGAGGAGCUUCGGGGAGGUGCGCAAUUACUUGUUCCAGACAGGCUGCAACUUCCUGUUCGUCGAUCACUUCUCCUUCAACACCUACGUACUGCUGGGCAGGAGCGCCGGGAGCCCCGAGCCCCUGGUCUUUGAGUUUGACAUCAGCAACGGGGCUGAGGUUGUGCCCAUUUCCUUCUCCAACGACCUGGACCGCGCCAGGUUGCCCUACUUCAAGUACCGGCGGGCCUCCUGGCCGCGCGGGUACUGCCUCAACAACCUCUCCAGCGUGUUUCUGGCUUCGUGCAACUGCACAGAUGGCUGCAUUGAUAGGUCAAAAUGUGCAUGCCUACAGCUAACUGCAAGAGGCUGUAGUAAAAUUUCUCUACCUCCAAGCAGUAAAACAUCCCAGGGAUACAGUUACAAAAGACUGGAGGGACCUGUGCCUUCUGGAAUUUAUGAGUGUAGUGUGUUGUGUGGGUGUGACAAGAUGAUGUGUCAGAACAGAGUUGUGCAGCAUGGCAUUCAAGUCAGGUUGCAAGUGUUCAACACAGAGAAGAAAGGCUGGGGCGUCCGCUGCCUAGAUGACAUCGACAAGGGGACCUUUGUUUGUACUUACUCAGGUAACAGAAGGUGGGUUGCCCAGCCCGCGCUGGCGCAGCCGCUGUGGCCCGCACUGGCGCAGCUGCUGUGGCCUGCACUGGCGCAGCCGCUGUGGCCCGCGCUGGCGCAGCCGCUGUGGCCCGCACUGGCGCAGCCGCUGUGGCCCGCGCUGGCGCAGCCGCUGUGGCCCGCGCUGGCGCAGCCGCUGUGGCCCGCGCUGGCGCAGCCGCUGUGGCCUGCACUGUCCUGGUUAAGGGACAUGCAAAAACUGAACGGAGACAAGGAGAAGGUGCAAGAUGUUCCCUUCCUCGCGGCGGCGCAUCCCCCCUACCACGUGACAGGCGGCGGCGCGCCCCGACGCCCCGCUCCUCUCCGCGCCGGUCCCGCAGCCAAUCAGCGGCGAGGAGGAGGCACCAAUCGGAGCCCCGCUCCCCCUGACCCGGGCGCCUGCGCGCUGCGCGGGGUCGGCGGCGGCCACGCCUGCUUCCGCGUUUUCCAGAUAAUGGCAAAGAUGGUGAGAAGAACAUGUGCAUUUUGCCCAGAUGGGGAGUCUGGUUCUGUGAUGUAUGUUGCCAAGGACCGAAAUAUUGCAGCACAUCAGAACUGUCUGUUAUUUUCCUCAGGAUUUGUGGAAACUGAAGAGUACAACCCAGAGAACCUGGACAUAAGGUUUGAUGUGGCAUCAGUGUUGAAAGAACUCAAGAGAGGAAGGCGGCUGGUGUGCAGCUUCUGUCGCAAGAAGGGAGCCACGGUGGGCUGUGAGGAGCGAGCCUGCCGCCGCAGUUACCACUACUUCUGUGCGCUCUGCGACGAUGCCGCCAUAGAGACCGACCAGGCAAAGGGAAUCUACAGAGUGUUCUGCCCAAAACAUGACCCAGGCAAUAGGACCAAUAACUAUGGUGCAGCUAACAAGAGAAGACGACACACACUGAAUUGUGCCUCCCUCACAACACAAAUGGGCACAGAGGAGACAGCAGAAGAAAGCAGUUUACGAAUACUGAAGAGGAAAAACAACAGGCAUCAAGUUCAGAUAGACUUUGUUAGGAAAUGCAAGCAAGCUGGGCUGCUGGAUGACAUCUUUGAAGAGAUGCUGGACACCCUUCACCUGGCACAGGAAAAACUGAUGGAUGACAACACUUCAGAAACAGAGUAUGAGGCGACAGUGACGUCGCUCUUCGACUGCGGCCUCUUUGAGAACAUCCUCACCAAUGUUCAUUCAGGAGCAGAGCUGAAAAUCCAGGAACUUCUGGAAAGCAGAAAAAGUCUGGAUAACAAGAUUGAGCUACUGCAGGACUUGAAGGAGGUCGUCCUUCCUCCCCCAGAGAGCAGUGCCAGUACCUCGAGCACGGUGUCUGAAUAACCCUUCCUGUAACGGUGUCAAUGUCUUCUAAUGAUAGAAACCAUAGAGCACAGCUGGUUGAUGUCUUCAGUAAUUCCUCUCCUCCCCUGCCAAGACAAGGACACAAGCAAGGACUGGCUGUCCUACUCCUUUUUAUACCUCACAGCUGCAAUAACUGUAAGUUGUCCCUUCAGGUUUAAUCAUGGAUCAGUGAGUGUCCUCCACCACUUGGGGCUUGUCCCUAUAAUGCUCAGCAAGGCUUCCUUCUCCAAGGUCAGGGAGCGUGAACGGCCACAGGA